AUGAUGCGAAAGGUGCUGACAGCCCAAGCGAGUCUAUGCAGGCUGCGCAAUAGCCGUUGCAUGUCCGCAAGCACACGAAGCCGCGUGACGAUCAUCGGUUCGGAUGAAGCGUAUUCGCGUAUUGCCACUGUGGGAACAGGACGCAAGGCGAUCGUGUACUUUACGGCCAAGUGGUGUUCACCCUGUAAGAUGAUUGGUCCAAUCUACGAUGAACUGAGCGUCAAGCAUCAAGACAUUGACUUUGCCAAAUUGGACGUCGACGAAUUGAAUGAAACAACGUCCAAAGCUGGUGUGCGCUCAAUGCCGACGUUCUUUUACUUCCAGGAUGGCAAGCUGCAGCAGUCGCUCUCGUUUUCCGGCGCAGAUGAAGAACUUUUGCGCAAGAACGCAAAGCAGCUGAGUGAUCUAUAG